AUGAGUGCGUUUGGUGGUAGUAGUACCCCUUUGGGUGCGCCACCGGCGGGUUCGACAUCUAACACAGGCACAACUGCUCAACCAAGUCUCUUCGGAAAUGCCGCUACUUCGGCGAACGCAUCAGGAUCCGGUACGGGAUCUCCUGCACCUUCCAAUUUCUUUGCAAUUCCUCCAGGGAUUGGUGCCUCUGGUAGUAGCGGCGCAAACACCCCAAAGCCAAGUCUCUUCGGAGGGGGAGGGACAACCACUCCAACGCCUAAUGCGUUUUCAGGAUUGACUACUACCCCCAAUGCAUUCUCAGGGGCAGCGGGGAGUACGUUUGGAGGAGGAAGCGCAGGCGGAGGAACGAACGCUGCGACGCCCAAUGCGUUUUCAGGGCUGAAGAUCACUCCCAAUGCAUUCGCAGGUUUGGGGUCAGCAACCAGUGCAUUUGGAGGAGGAGGAGGAGGAGGAGGAGCAACCAGUGCAUUCGGAGGAGGAGGAGGAGGAGGAGGAGCAAUCAGUGCAUUCGGAGGGGGAGGAGGAGCAACCAGUGCAUUCGGAGGAGGGGGAGGGGGAGGAGGAAGCGCCAGCACCUCCACACCAAGUGCGUUUGGAGGACUGGGAGCCGGGAACACGUCAAUGCCUACUGCAGUCGGCAGUGGGCUAGGGGCGGGCACCUCCACGCCAGGUGUGUCUGGAGGAACGGGAGGCGCAGGUACCUCUACUCCCAGUCUGCUUUCAAGACUGGGAGAAGCGAACACUUCAACACCCAGUGGAACGGGGGGAGCGAACACCUCCACCCCCAGCCCGUUCGGUGGAUUGGGAGUCACAAACACGACAACACCCAGCCCGUUUGCAGGUCUGGGAGGAGGGAGCACCUCAACACCGAGCGCAUUUGGAGGAGGGGCAUCAAAGCCCAAUCUUUUUGGAAAUAUAGGUGCCUCUACGAGCACUCCGACUACGAAUACAACGUCCACUGCUAUCCCCAAUUUCUUUGCCAAACCACCAGAGAACAAGGAUACACCUGCGUCAACCUUAUCCGGUUUUGGCAUCUUGGGGCAGGGACAGAAGAAUGCCGGCACUGCAGCAGGAGAAAAGAAGGACACCGCACCACGUAUUCCAAAUUUCUUCGGAAAUAAGGCCACCAGUAGCACUGCCACCGAGAAGAAAGAUUCUGCUGCCCCUCCCAUGCUUGGCCUCUUUGGAUCUAAGGAUACUGGAGCGGCCACGGCUGAGAAGAAGGACGGUGCUCCAGCGUCGCUCCCAACGUUCAAUCUCUUUCCACCUAAGGAUGCAGCGUCAAAAAAUACACAACCGAUCUCAUCGUUUGCUCUCGGAUCAACCACCGCAAACAAAGACGGCGACAAGUCGAAAGCCCCCUCAACGACACCGGGUGCUACAGCUGGAGCUGCUGCUCAGGCGUUAGGUGCUACUACGACGGCCGCGGGGUUGAUCGCGUUUCCACCUCCGUCAGUCCUGCGGGGAAAGACAAUCGAAGAGAUUGUCAACCGGUGGACGAACGAGAUCGAUUUGCAUGUGCACGAGUUCAACAAGUUCGCCGGCGAGGUUGCCGUGUGGGACCGUGCACUGAUAGACAAUGGCAAUAACCUGGCAGCAUUGUAUGCUCUUGUGCUCGCAGCAGAGCGGGAGCAAAACGACAUUGACCAGUCGCUCGACCACAUCGAACAGCAACAGAGAGAUCUCGGAGGUGCCUUGGAGGCGUACGAAAGGUCGACAGAUGAAGUUCUGGGCGGCCGAGGCAGCAAUUUGCGCGCACUGGACACUGGACCUGCCGACACCGAGCGGGACAAGAAUUACAUGCUUGCGACGGAACUGCAUGGCCACCUCGACGACCUCUCGGGCUCGCUGACACAAAUGAUCGACGCGGUCAAUGCGCUUGCCCUUCCGUCUGGUUCGACGGCCGGUGCGCCGAAAGAUGGCGGAGAGGACCCGGUGGGCCAGAUUGCACAGAUCCUGAACAGCCAUCUGGAGAGCUUGCUGUGGAUCGACGGAGCUGCGCGUGAAGUGGAGACAACGAUUAAUGACGUAGAGAAGCGUGUACGCGCAGCGGGCGACGGUAGCCUUGGUUCCACGUUCAACAAGUCUCGCGGUCCGGUCGACGUUGGUCGGUAG